GAGCAUUUGCACUUGGGAGCGUCGGCCAGAGCUGCCGUGGUAAUAUGCGCGUCUAUUAUGAGGCGCGUGGUAGUGAUGGCGGCGCUCAGUGAGACUUUCCUGUCACUGGAUACUACUACUCCCAGCCCUCCUCAAAGCCGCCGGAGCAACCCCCAGGUCUUUAGUUUACAAGUGGCAAUUUGACUUGCUCUGCUGCAUGUCUGGAGGGACCGUGGAAAGUGUGGAGACGCCUCGGGGAUUAAGCGAUCGUAGCUUAAAAAGAAAAAAAGCCAAACAAAUAAACAAAACCCACCCACCCUAACAAACAUGAGGCUGCUGGAGAGAAUGAGGAAAGAAUGGUUCAUGAUUGGAAUAGUGCUGGCGAUCGCCGGAGCUAAACUGGAGCCGUCCAUAGGGGUGAAUGGGGGACCACUGAAGCCAGAAAUAACGGUCUCCUACAUUGCUGUUGCAACGAUAUUCUUUAACAGUGGACUAUCAUUAAAAACAGAGGAGCUGACCAGUGCUUUGGUGCAUAUAAAACUGCACCUUUUCAUCCAGAUCUUUACGCUUGCAUUCUUCCCAGCAACAAUAUGGCUUUUUCUUCAGCUUUUAUCAAUCACACCCAUCAAUGAGUGGCUUUUGAAAGGCUUGCAGACAGUAGGCUGCAUGCCUCCCCCUGUGUCUUCUGCAGUGAUUUUAACCAAGGCAGUUGGUGGAAAUGAGGCAGCUGCAAUAUUUAAUUCAGCCUUUGGAAGUUUUUUGGGCAUCGUUGUAACACCCCUGCUUCUGCUGCUUUUUAUGGGUUGUGUAUUUGGCGGUCACACACGUGUGAUGCGUAAAGUGACAAAACGUGAAGCACUUAAAGAGCAACCGUCCACUUGAUUGCCCCAGUCGUUCACGUUGAGCCAGUCUUCCUACCUUGUGCCCAAGUGUUCCGAAAGCAGCUGAAGACAAAUCUCCUCCUGAACCUGAGAGGAGCUCAUCUUUGGGCUGUGUGUGGAAAUCCCUCAGAAGUCGUUCCCACACAGAGAGGAUUUUGUAAAGCAAAAUCAUCUGUGGGAUCUCUUGUAAAUGCUCAUGCCAGCACUUCCCUCUCCCCUCUGAUCUCGCUGAACCGUAAUGGGCCGGGGGAGUGCCUGGCAAGCUAUUUCCAAAUGCUCUAGAGGUGACACUGAUAAACCCCUCUCCCUUUCCAGGAUCAGUGACCCAGAGAGGCCACUGCCACUGCUGGUCUGGGACUUCUCAGGCUUAACUGAAGGCAGGCAGGGACACCGGAUGACCGUGGCACUGCCUUAGCCAGGCUUUCCCCUUGCCCCUUGGUUCCCUCUCCAACAGCAGCUGCCGCUGCCGGUGCUCCCCAAGCAGGUGGGGUCUGGCCAGAGUGAAAGGGAACAGCUCCCUUAGGCCACUCCUGCCUUUUGGUCCCCCGGCUUAGGGCACUCUUCUGGGGGAACUUAGAUGUUUACUCCACUUGAGGGACUAUUUAGCAACAAUGGGCUCUUUGGUUCCCUAACCAAAUAGACUGACAAGACCAAAUUCUGUGGCCAAAUUAGGAGCAAAGUUUGUUCCCAGAUGCCUCUGAGUAUCUCUCCCUCCAGCCUUCCAUGUCCUGAUAGCCCAUUCCCCACAGCCAAUUUGCAGUUCCCUUAGGCACGUUUCACUGAACAUCCUGUGUGGUUUGAGUAACCAGAAUUUACAAUUGUACACAGUUUCCGUCAGUGAUUGGAAGGUAAUCUUUUCAUCUUAUGUUUUAAAUUAGCAUAUAAUAAAAAGAAAUGUUUUACAUAAUUUAUCUUUAAAAAAUUAUUAAAAGCCUAUUUUGUUCGUUACUUCUCAAAGAAAAAUACCAUGCGUCUAGAUAUAAAAAGGCUCAUUUCCUCUACUAAGUAUAUACUUUCCAGACAGUAACCCAAUUUUAGUUUUAUGCAUGCAGCUGAAUCACGAUUAACAAUCAUAUUUUAAUUUUGAUAAAAAUCAUGGCCAUGUUUACGUUGAGCCCAUCAGCUGGUAUACAUUUAAGUCCUUGAUUUUGUGUAAGUCAUCAACGUGGUUUGCAGGUUUCUCUGUGAGAGAAGGGGCAGCAGUUGAAUGAAAGAAAGGCGAAACUAUAGUUUCUGGGGAAAGAUGGAAAUCUCAAAGGAUUUGGGGGACCGGGGCCUGGGGACACUCUCCCUUCUUCUGUUUGGAUGUUUGUCUUUGUGAUGGGAAGGACACCGGUAUUUAUGAGGGUGUCUGUGUAGAGGUACAAGAAAGUAGAGCCACUAGUAAGUGAGCCCCCUUGCCCCCUCCCCAGGAUCGGGUUCUGCGGGCCACGGCGGAGGGUGGAAAUUGGGCAGGAAGUGAACAAACACCGCUCCCUAUCUGAAGUGGCUUUGUCCCACUUUUCUCACAGAAGAGAUUUACCCUUCACCAUUCUACAGUAUAAACUGUAAAUAUCUGUUCUUAUAUUUUCCCUGAAUGCAGUGCUAAUGAAAGCAAAGACCAAUCAUCAGGGGUGAAUUAUUUAAUACAAUAAUGUUUUAAUAGCCGAGAAGAGACACAAAUAGUAGAGACGCCAGUGGCUAAUGGAUUUCCCUGGUAGGAGAUAAAAGGCUGAUUACACAGCAGAGCAAGUGAAGACCUGGUGCAUUAAUGACAAUUUACAGGUCAGCUCACUUACAGAAGUGAUUGAAAACACACCAUCUGUUUUCUAACUGUAGGUUGAUAACUCUGAUUUUACAGACGCUCAGCGUCUCCAUCAAGAAUUGUUACUCAUUUGUCUCUCUGAGCCUUGUUUGGCCCCACAAUAUUUUACUGGCUGAACCCCCAGAUUCUUUCCAAAUCAGUUUCUAAAUUGAAUGGAUUGAUAACUGUCAACCCUGGUUCCAUUCAGCCUUUCUCUGCCAGGUUAUAUAAUGAAACCCUAAUGCCCUAAGACAGCCAUUGUAUAUAUUGGAUUAACUCUUUCUGAUGCAUUUACUCAGAUACUAUUUAGGUACCAUCCUUGAGAGAGUUGAGAAAUAGUCACUCAAAUAAUCUCCUGUGUUCUGUAGUUCAGAUCUGGAACCCCAGAUGAGAAAGACUGUAUCAUCAAUUACUGCUUCCCAAGUUUCUCCCACCUCUCUUUUUGUUUCUCCUUCUCCCUCUUCUUGCUUCUGCCUGCCUUCCAGUUCCCCAUCUCCAUGUAGGCACCACACACACACACACACACACACACACACCCUCCCUGUCUUUCUCUCACAAGGGCAAGAAAGGGGGAUCCCAGGUUUGGCUUCUACCCCUGCCCCCUUCCCCAUUUCACUGCUCUGUAUCUUCUGUAAUAAAUAUGCAGCAGAGUGCAAGAAUGGCGUGUGAGGGCUGUGGAGCGACACUUCCAGGUUUAGGUCAUGGCUCUGGCACUCUCUAGCUAGUGACCUUGUCUAAGUCCAACUGUUCUGUGCCACUGUUGGCUUAUAUGAAAAUGGCGGUACUAGUAAGACCUACCUGAAGGAGUUGCUGUGAGAAUUAAAUUAUUUGGCAUACAUUAAGCAUUUAGAGCAGCGUCUGGCACAUAGGAAGUCUACAAGUAAAAUUGCCAUUAUUGUAAUUAUAGGAGAUUGUUGGGAGGCCAGGCAAUGUGAUCCUCUUCUUGAGACUGUGAAUUAAGCAGGGCUUUGUAACUUGUAGUUGGACGGGUGGAAAGAAAAGAAAACAUUGUCAGGCCUCUUUUGCUACCUAUGUAUUGUUGGUUAAUUGAGUUCAUUAAUUGAACUCAAAAUUGUUGGACACCUGCUAUGUGCUAGAUUAGUGGUUCUCAAAGGGUGAACCAUAAGCUCAGCAGCACCAACUUCAGUGGAACCAUAUUGGAAAUGCAAAUUCUCAACAUCCUCCCCAACCUUCUCUGAAGAUGGGGCCAAGACAUCUGUGUUUUAAGAAGCCCUGCAGGUAUUUCUGAUGGGCUAGAGUUUGGGAACCACUGCUCUAGAUGUAAAACGUAGUCACUCUGCUGGGCUCUGGGAAUAUAAAUAUAAAUGAGACCCUGUCCCUGACCUUCUGGAACAUACAGUGUAGUGAGAGAAACAGAUUUGUACACAAGAGCAAGACUAAGGAUUCUGAGAGGAACAGUGCAAACGCAGAGCCACAAAAGAGGGGGCGGCCGAGUCUAUGUUUCAGGAGGAGGGUUUGGAAAGCAUUCCUAAACAAGUGAUACGUGAAUUAACCCUUAGAAAAGGACCAGAACUUUUCCAGUUGUGAGUGGGGAGGAAAGGUAUUCUAUGGCAAAGAGUGCGCGAGCACUUGGUAGUGGGUAGACAUGCACACGUUCCUCAACUUUUAGAAAGCAGCUCCUGGAGCCGCCUGGGUGGCCCAGUCAGUUGUGCAUCCAACUUCAGCUCAGGUCACGAUCUCACAGUUUGUGAGUUCAAGCCCCUCGUAAGGCUCUAUACUGACAACUCAGA